AGUACAUUAAAAGUGGUGAAGGACCUGAUUGUUACCUAUUUAGAAAAGUCGUCAAUUCAUGGAUUAAAGAGUAUUGUUAAUCCAAAUCAUAAUAUUUUUCAAAGAAUCUUUUCGGCCAGUGUGGUCUUAUUUUGCCUUAUUGUGGCCUGCAUAAACAUUGCAUCAAGCUAUUACACAUAUCAGGCCUCUGCACAUAUAACAGUCAUGAAGUCGGACAGCCUAUUUAUAUCCUCCAUUCCUUUUCCUGGUGUAGCUGUUUGCAAUAUUAAUAGAAUCAAGAAGUCAGCAUUGAUAAAAUUGGCACAUCGGAUGAAAGGAAACGCUAAUAUGUCUUUUGCUGAGACUUACUCCAUAUUAAAGAAUUUGUAUAAAAUUCAUGAUUUGGAUGCUAUACCAAUAAAUGAACGGGCACUUCUUUCAUUCAUACUGAGAGAAAAUGGUCUAAGUAACAGUUUAUCCAAGAUUAUGAAAGAGCUGUCUCAUAGCUGUGACGAUAUGCUCAAGACUUGCAAGUUGGGGAGUUUCCUUACACCAUGCAAAAAUCUUUUCAAGCAAGCUAUUUUACCUGUGAGCAGGAGCUGUUGUAUAUCAAAGAACUCAAUUAUAACUGGUGAUACUAAUGACUUACCAAUUUGGACUCAGGUGUCAAAUGGCGUGUCAUUUGGUGUGUUUCUGAACUUGGAUUUAGAGACGAAUGAAUACUUACCUCAGUCUGCUACAUUAUCCUAUGGAGCCGAAAUUAUGAUUUUUGAUCCACGUUCACAUCCAUACUCAUUGACGUUUGGCGUUUCUUCUAUGUUUGCAUCGUAUAAAGAGGUCACUUUCAUUAGCGUAGAUCCAUCAGUUGACAACAAUACUUAUGCACACGAAGGUGAUGAUCACAGCGUUUGCAAGAGAAGCUAUCCCAGUGUAAAACAUUCAAAUAGAACGUUUCACUAUAGCUUCUCAGAAUGUCAAUUCCGAUGCAUGAUGAGUAAGAUGCUCGAAGCAUGUCAAUGCAUCUUAUAUAAGCAUUCGUUUGAAGAAAAACACGAGGAAUGUCCUGUUAGAGGGAUUCAGUGUAUUAAUGACUACCUGAGAGAAGCAACGAUGAAAGACUACGGAGUUGCAGAACAUGAUGAACAUGUUAUUCUGAAUGAGUGCAAAUGUCCUCCAGCUUGUGAAAGUAUACUAUAUAAAUCCACUACAUCAACGCUCAUUCGAGAUCAUUCCACCAAUCCCACGAAUGAGACACACGUUUUCAUUUUUUUUGAGCGAUCAUUUGUUAACUUGUACGAGAGAGAACCGAUUUACACUGCUAUGGAGCUACUUGGUGAGUACAAGAUUCAAGAUUCAAGAUUUCAUUCGCAUACUGUACUUAAGUACAGUACAAUUUUAUCUUAUACUAGAGUACGAUAGGAUGUAGUUACUAAUCUAUUUAGGGCAGGUUUCAAAACUCGGGAUUUAGCUAAGUUCUAGACUUUGAGCAGCUGGAGUCAGAAAAUUGGCUUAUCGAAACGGGGCGUAGUCGCAACUUUUAUAAUAAUCUAUA